GCUGCUGCGCAAAAGUCUCCAGGAUGGCUUUGGCUUCACCCUGCGCCACUUCAUCGUGUACCCUCCCGAGUCAGCUGUGCACUGCAGCCUGAAGGAGGAAGAGAAUGGAGGCCGAGCCAGAGGCCCCGGAGGAGGACCCUCCCCCCGGCACCGCCUGGAGCCCAUGGAUACCAUCUUUGUCAAGAAUGUGAAGGAUGAUGGCCCUGCCCACAGGGCUGGGCUUCGAACAGGAGACCGGCUGGUGAAAGUAAACGGGGAGAGUGUCGUUGGGAAAACCUACUCCCAGGUCAUAGCUCUGAUCCAGAACAGUGAUGACACCCUGGAGCUCUCCAUCAUGCCCAAGGACGAGGACAUCCUUCAGCUGGCUUACUCCCAGGAUGCCUACCUGAAGGGGAACGAGCCAUAUUCUGGAGAGGCACACAGCAUCCCAGAGCCGCCCCCACUCUGCUAUCCCCGGAAGACCUACGCCCCACCAGCCCGGGUCUCCGCCUGGGCCACUAUGGUGCCUGAGCCCAUCUCAGCUCUGCCCAGUGAUCCUCGGAGUCCUGCUAUCUGGAGUGACCCAGGACCCCGUGUCCUACCUGCCACCCGUGCCCAUCUGGACAACUCUUCCUUGGGGAUGAGCCACUCCCGCCCCAGCCCUGGUGCCUUCCCCCACCUCUCCUCUGAGCCGCGGACCCCCCGUGCCUUCCCAGAGCCUGGCAACCGGGUGCUCCCUAGCAGACUGGAGUGCCAGCAGGCAUUGUCACACUGGCUGUCCAACCAGGUACCCCGCAGGUUGGGGGAAAGACGGUGCCCAGCCAUGCCACCCCGGGCCCGCAGUGCCUCCCAGGACCGGCUAGAGGAUGUGACUGCCCACCGCCCAUGGCCCUGCUCCACCUCCCAGGACGCCUUGAGCCAGCUGGGUCAGGAGGGCUGGCACCGAGCUCGCUCGGAUGAUUACUUGAGCCGGGCAACCCGCUCUGCCGAAGCACUGGGGCCAGGAGCACUGGUGUCACCUCGCCUUGAGCGCUGUGGCUGGGCUUCCCAGCGUCCCUCAGCACGCACCUCUGCCUGCCCACCUCGGGACCUGCCUGGAUCCCAGGCCCCACCCCCAAGCGGCCUACAGGGUUUGGAUGACAUUGGUUACAUCGGGUACCGGAGCUACAGCCCAUCAUUCCAGCGACGGACUGGCCUCCUGCACGCACUCUCUUUCCGGGACUCACCCUUUGGGGGUCUACCCACCUUCAAUUUGGCCCAGUCUCCUGCACCAUUCCCACCAGAGGCCUCGGAACCACCCAGAGUCGUCAGGCCAGAAGCCAGCACCCGUGCCACGGAUCCCCCUACCGAGGACCGCCGCGAUGAGGUGGUCCUGAGGCAGAAACCGCCUACGGGCCGCAAGGUUCAGUUGACCCCUGCAAGACAGAUGAACCUGGGAUUUAGUGACGAGUCUUCAGAGCCAGAGGCCACUGGGCGAGGGGAACGUCUGGGCAAGAAGGUGGCUCCUUUGGCCAAUACGGAAGACUCCCUGGCUUCCAUUCCCUUCAUUGAUGAACCCACCAGCCCCAGCAUCGACCUCCAGGCCAAACACGUCCCUGCCUCUGCAGUGGUCUCCAGUGCCAUGAACUCAGCCCCUGUCCUGGGCACUAGCCCAUCCUCUCCAACCUUCACCUUCGCCCUUGGCCGCCAUUACUCACAGGACUGCAGUAGCAUCAAGACUGGCCGUCGCUCCUCCUACCUACUGGCCAUCACCACAGAGCGCUCCAAGUCCUGCGACGACGGACUCAACACUUUCCGGGAUGAAGGCCGGGUGCUUCGGCGCCUGCCAAACCGCGUCCCCAGCUUGCGGAUGCUUCGAAGCUUCUUCACUGAUGGGUCUCUGGAUAGCUGGGGCACCUCCGAGGAUGCUGACGCCCCCUCAAAGCGACACUCAACCUCUGACCUCUCAGAUGCGACCUUCAGCGAUAUCAGGAGAGAAGGCUGGUUAUAUUAUAAGCAGAUCCUCACGAAGAAGGGGAAGAAAGCGGGCAGCGGCCUGCGCCAGUGGAAGCGGGUGUACGCCGCGCUGCGGGCGCGCUCGCUCUCCCUGAGCAAGGAGCGGCGGGAGCCCGGGCCGGCGGUGGGGGCUGCGGCGGCCGGCGCAGGUGAGGACGAGGCGGCGCCCGUCUGCAUCGGCUCCUGCCUGGUGGACAUCUCCUACAGCGAGACCAAGAGGAGGCACGUGUUCCGGCUGACCACCGCUGACUUCUGUGAAUAUCUCUUUCAGGCUGAGGACCGGGAUGACAUGCUGGGCUGGAUCAGAGCGAUCCGGGAGAACAGCAGGGCCGAGGGCGAGGACCCCGGCUGUGCCAACCAAGCUCUGAUCAGCAAGAAGCUUAAUGAUUACCGCAAAGUGAGCCAUAGCUCUGGGCCCAAAGCUGAUUCCUCCCCAAAGGGCUCUCGGGGCCUGGGGGGCCUCAAGUCUGAGUUUCUCAAGCAGAGUGCAGCCCGUGGCCUCAGGACUCAGGAGCAGCCUGCAGGGAACAAGGAUGACACUGCUGCUGCCCCUAAAACUCCCUGGGGUAUCAACAUCAUCAAGAAGAACAAGAAGGUCACCCCAAGGGCAUUUGGGAUCCGGCUAGAGGAGUGUCAGCCUGCCACAGAGAACCAGCGAGUCCCCCUCAUCGUAGCUGCCUGCUGCCGUAUUGUGGAGGCUCGGGGGCUGGAGUCCACCGGCAUUUACCGGGUGCCUGGCAAUAAUGCAGUGGUGUCCAGUCUACAGGAGCAGCUCAACCGCGGGCCUGGUGACAUCAACCUGCAGGAUGAGCGCUGGCAAGACCUCAAUGUGAUCAGCAGCCUGCUCAAGUCCUUCUUCCGGAAGCUGCCUGAGCCUCUCUUCACUGAUGACAAAUACAACGACUUCAUCGAGGCCAACCGCAUUGAAGACUCGAGGGAGCGGAUGAAGACGCUGCGGAAGCUGAUCCGAGAUCUCCCGGGACACUACUACGAGACACUCAAAUUCCUCGUCGGCCAUCUCAAGACCAUCGCCGACCACUCAGAGAAGAACAAGAUGGAGCCACGGAACCUGGCCCUGGUCUUUGGGCCAACAUUGGUGAGGACAUCUGAGGACAACAUGACAGAUAUGGUGACCCACAUGCCUGACCGCUACAAGAUCGUGGAGACGCUGAUCCAGCAUUCAGACUGGUUCUUCAGCGAUGAUGAGGACAAGGGAGAACGAACCCCUGUGGAUGACAAGGAGCCACAGUCAGUGCCCAACAUCGAGUACCUGCUGCCCAACAUUGGCAGGACAGGGCCCCCUGGCGACCCAGGCUCAGAUUCCACCACCUGUAGUUCAGCCAAGUCCAAGGGCUCGUGGGCCCCCAAGAAGGAGCCGUACACCCGGGAGAUGCUGGCGAUCUCCUUCAUCUCGGCCGUCAACCGCAAGCGGAAGAAGCGGCGGGAGGCGCGGGGCCUGGGCAGCAGCACGGACGACGACUCGGAGCAGGAGGCGCACAAGCUGCGGCGCCCGCUGUCCCCCGAAACGCGGCGCCGCCGGAGCAGCUGGCGCCGCCACACCGUGGUGGUGCAGAGCCCGCUGACCGAUCUCAACUUCAACGAGUGGAAGGAGCUGGGCGGAGGGGGCGCCCCGGAGCCGCCCGGCGCGCGAGCCCUCAGCGACAACAAGGACUCGGGCCUCAGCAGCCUGGAGUCCACCAAGGCCAGGGCCUCGGCCGCCUCGCUGCCGCCCGGGGACCCGAGCGCCCUGCAGAGCCAGGCCCCGCGCCGCCAGGCCGCCUCCCGCCUCCAUCAGUGUCUGUAACGCCCUCCCCCUCCAUCACCGCCCCCCCCACCUCGGCCUCCACAAGGCCCCUUGGGGAACGAGUCUCCUCUGGCUGGCACCCCCACUUCUACUGCCCCUAGACACAGCAGGGUGCUAGCGAGAGGACACAGGCCGCUGGGGUUUGUGUGCUGGAACUGGUGGGGCGGGCUGAGGUGAAGCCAGGAGCAGGACAAAGGUGAAGGGAAGUGAGGCCCCCCCCCCGCUGGGGUCUGUGUCCCCUGGAUUGGUGACAGGGCCUUUAUAAGGCUGCACUUAGGAACCUUCGUUGGCCAUGGGAAGUGAGAGGGAGCCCCAAGACCCAGGCUAGAAGAAAGAUCCUGGGUGAUCACUGGCUUUUGGCUUCUUUCCUCUGCCCUCCCCCACCAGCCCCCCGGCUCAGGAGGGGCCUGUGUCUGGAGAGAGGAUUUGUGUGUGAGAGUGUGUAAGUCACUGUCCAAAGGUGUUUCCAGUAGAAGCUUCUGCUCCCUUCCUCCCCUUGCCCGUUCCCAAGGUCCCUGCCUUCGGUGCACACAGGAUCCCUGCCCCCACGCUUGUUAGAGCCGGGGGAAGAGGCUGGGGCCACGCCACAGCGGCAAGACUGAACCCUUCACCAAGCUCAUCCCCACCCCCCUUUGCCAUCCUCUUCAGUCACCCCAUGAAGCGUUUUGACCAAGGGGAGCUACCCCGCUCCCCAGUUUUGGGAGGACCCAGGGUUCCCCCCUUUUGGUUCCUCCAGCUGGGCCUGCUCUGUCCACAGCUCAGCCCCCAGAACUCCCCACCGUUUCUUCCCCUAGGAGGGGAUAGUCAGGAACACCCUGGUGUCUGUCUCUUUCACACACUGAUUUAUGGGGUCUGAGCUGGGCUGUUCCUGCAGGAUGGGCAGGGCCCAGCGCCCCCUUCACAGCCCCCCCCCCCAGUAUUGUAAAUAGACCUCAGAGCACCAGACCCCUGCUGACCCCUCACUCAUUCCAGGGAAGCCCUGCCCCUUCUGUCAGUCCUCGUUUUAUGCAAAGAUUUGCUGUAGAUUUCUCUGUCCUCCCUCUCCCAGCCCUUUAUUGUAAAUAUUGUCUCUAAAUGUGUAACAUAUUAUAAAGAAUUUAUAAGGAUUUUUAAAGAUGUUUUGCUCAUUUUAAAGUGUUGUAACAGUGUUGGGUAAAGCUCCUCCCCGCCCUUUCCGCAUGGCUCCUUUCACUGUGUCCUUGACACACCUGUCUAGCCGACAACUAAGAUUUUCUUGCUUCUGAAAAGUCCUGUCUUCAAAGUACAGUCUAUAUCUUGGAAAUAAACAGCCUUCCUG